GAGAGUAGUAAGCUUCCAAGAAGUGUGAAUUGGUUAUCCCAAAAACGGGAAAAAAAAAUAAUAAUUAAUAAAACAAGAGCAAGCACGAGAUCAUGUUUUUGUGAAAUACAAUUAACUGAUUUGGAAACACGAGAAGGCCAUUUAAAGUUACCAAGUGAAGCAAAAGCAAAGCGAUUAUUUAAUUAUAAUUAUAAUCAAUCAAUUAUUUAAGCUAAAGUUUGUGUACGGUGCGCGGUGCGUGUGUAAAUUGUGCAUCUAGGCCCAGAAUGGAGCACGAUAGCUUCGACGAUCCCAUCUUUGGGGAGUUUGGCGCCGGUCCGCUAAAUCCUUUGGGCGCCAAGCCACUGUUGCCCACGACGACGGCCAUGCAUCCCGUGAUGCUGGGUAGUGUCCAUGAGCUAUGCAGUCAGCAACAACAGCACCCGCAGCAGCAGCAACGUCUGCCCGACUGUAACACAAUUCUGCCAAAUGGGGGCGGAGGAGGAGCAGCAGGAACGGGUGGCGGAGGAUCGCCCAGCUACGUGCCCAAGCUGGACUUUGUGAACAAGAUUGGGUGCUAUUCGCCGAGCCAAAAGUAUGAGUAUAUCACGGCCCCGCAAAAGCUCGUGGAGCAGCACCAGCAUCACCAGCAGCAGCACCACCAUCAGCACUAUGCAGUCACUCCUCCGCCCAGCCACAAUGGCAUCCUGCUCCACAAGCAAUCGUCCCAGCAGCAGCAACAGCAACAGCAGCUGGUGGGCAUCCUGGACUACCAUCCACUGAAUGGCAAGAUGGAUUACUCGCCAUCGCCAAAGGAUCACUAUGAACCGCAGCAGCAACAACUGCAGCACCUGUACGGCGGCAGUCCGCACCAUUUGGAUCACCUGGAUGGUAGUGACGGCCUGCUGCAGGACUCCUCGCCGGUCAUGAUCAAUGGCGGUUCCACGGCGGGCAAACUCAAAAAGGCGGACGAGAUGUGUGGACAAAUGGAGACGGCGGGUGGAACUGGAGUCAGUCCUCCCGCUAGCUCAGUGGCGGUGGUCAACGGGGGGGGUGCUGUGACGCCUAAUAGCAGCAGCUCCUCCUCCGCCGCGGCAGGUGGUGGCCAGGGGGUGGCUGGCACAGCGGGCGGCGUGACUGUAGCUACGCCCAAAAAAGACGGCAACGGCAGCAAGAAGAAGGGCGAUCCUAAUGGCAUCAAGAAGAAGAAAACGAGAACCACCUUUACUGCCUACCAGUUGGAAGAACUGGAGCGGGCCUUCGAACGGGCCCCGUAUCCGGAUGUGUUCGCCCGCGAGGAGCUGGCCAUCAAGCUGAACCUGAGCGAGUCGAGGGUGCAAGUGUGGUUUCAGAAUCGGAGGGCUAAGUGGCGCAAGCACGAGCCACCACGAAAAACGGGCUACAUCAAAACGAGCACGCCGCCAACGGCGACGCUGAAUCCCGGAACGCUUGCGCCGCCUUUUACAAGCUAUCCUCAGACUACGACGGUAACGCCACCGGGCAGCAUGGACAGCUGGACCAGUUACCAGACACCCUACGAGCUAACUCCCCAGUUCAGCCUGCUCUCGCCAGCGGCCAGUCCCUAUGGCACCUACUCCGGCCAGUAUGGAGCAUACGUUCACGAGAGUCAACUGUUCCCGAUGCGGCACUAUGAAUACGGCAGUCCCACACGCAUGGAGAUGGGCGCCACCUCUGGUUCAGUCGGUGGCAGUGCAGAGGAGGCCGUAGCCAAUGGCGGAAGCUAUCAGCCGGCGGAGCUGCAGACCGCCCAGCAGCAGCAAUUGCCCGACGGCACUCUGGUUACCGUCCAUGCCCACCAACAACAGCAACAGCAGGCUCAGCAGCAACUUAAUGGCAGUAAGUACCUGAGCGCUGAAGAGGCCAAGUACGUCCAUCUGCAGUGCCACCAAAGCGGAGCGGGCUUGGAGCUGAGUCCCGGCGCCAGCUGUCACUUGGUAGAGGCUCAAACGCAGCACUAUGUGGCCUCAGGGGCUGCCGGAGGAGGGACUGGAGGCGGCGGCAGCGGGACAGGCGGAACCAGCAGCGAUGACAACGACAGCGCCGGCUUGCAGGCUGUGAUCAAGAGCGAGGAGCAGCAACAGGCACAGAGCUACGUCCUGCCGCCUUUUUUGCAUUAAGGGAAAUGCUCACACACCGGCGACACCAGCAGCAGCACCAGCCUCAUCGCCGCUGGGCCACGCCCCCUGCGUCAGGCGUUCACCAUUUUCGGAGGCCAUUAUAGGCGGGAGCGUGGAGUGUGCAGCAUUUCAAUAUGUUUCCCGAGGCUGAAGCUGGGCCGCACCAGAAAGAUAUUCUACGCCAAGAAUUAGAGUCUUACACUACCAAAUACUUUUGCAUUUCAAUCAAAUUCAAAUUCUUAAGAGCUCAGGAUAAAGUUCAUAUUAUCAAAAACUAACAGGUAUUGAAAUAUAUAUAUAUAUGAAUAUAUAUAUUUAUAUGUACAUAGCCGACUUCGUAUAUCUCUGACUGAAUUCCCUCUCUUUAAUGAUAUUUUGGUGUGUUUCUCUUUCUGGUCGGUUCCACACACAGUCUUUGGUCAUUGUUUUCAUGAUGUUAUGGGUUCCUUUUAGGUUUAGUAAUGCAUGUUGCAACAACAACAGAAUCAACCAGUCUUGCCAAAACUUAACAUGGUUUUUGUUUCAGCCUAAGUAUAAGUUAGUUAAAAAAGGGUUCACGCGUUUCCCAAUCAAGCGAUUGAGCGAGUCCAGGCCCCCAAAAUGCAUUCCAAAUGUGCCUUAUUAAUCGGUGAAAUGACCAGAUGCUGGCUUACCAGCUAAGGGCCUGCGUCGUUCACAGAAUAGAAACCUAGUUAUAGAGUUUACCCAAUCCUAAACUAAGCCCCCCAAAUACUGUUGUGUAUUUAGACAAUAAAUUGGUUCUUUUAUAUAUUGUAUAUUUAGGUGUCUUCGGCUUUACAAAGUAAUAUUACACACUAAUUUAUCCUAACUACUCUUUAUAUAUCGGUUUGAAAAUGUUUGUUUACUUAGGUUUAAUGCUAGUUUAAAUUUAUAAUUAUAUUUUUAAGCAAUGAAUACUCUAUAGAUCAUUUCGGAAGUGUAUAUAAUAGAAAUAUAAAUAAAUUUUAUUUUUUACCAAUAACUGAUCGAGAGUAAUUAACAAAACACUAAACAAACAAAAACAAACUUAAAAAGACUAAAAACGAGAGACAAUUACCUGACGACUUUGUUAUCAGAAAAACUAUAAAAUACAGGGUGAUCAAAGUGAAAUAGGUAAUUUUGGAAGAAUAUAUAAUUUAAAUAUAAAUAAAUUGUAUUUUCACCAAUAACUGAUCGAGAGGAAUUAACAAAACACUAAACAAUCAAAUAUAAACUUAACAAGAAAGGAAGCUAACUUCGGCACGCCGAAGUUUAUA